AUGUCUCUAAAACCAGAGCUAGUAGCUAUUUAUCGUCUCGAGUUUUAUAGAAAACAGAAAAAUUGGAAGUUAAGUUCAUCUCGAGUUAAUAAGAAGUCAUCAAAGAAGUUUCCAGAAAAAGAGAGUAUAUUAAAUGUAACUUAUGAUGUGGACAAUUCAGAAUAUAAGAAAGAGGAGUCAAAUCCACAUAAUAUAGCAUUUAUGGAAAGUGACUCAGAUAAAAAUGUACCUUCAAUAUCAAAUCGAGCCUCAAACCAAAAACGUCACUUAUCAUUAGAACACCAAGAACCGGUGAACAUUUGGCCUGACGUCGCCAUUGAGAAGGAUCAAAAACUCAAUAAAUCUUCUGAGUCAAAUGAAAAGCCAAGGCAAAAUUGGGCUCAGAAUAGAUUGAAACAAUUGCAAAUGGCAGCGAGUUUAUCUGAUACAGACUUAGUAGAUGAUAAUGGAAAUUUAGCAAAGGAAUAUUAUGAUGAAGGCACCGAAUGCAGAUCCUGGUCGGAGCAAGGGUUGGAAUGGCAGUAUGAUUGUGAUGAUCAGAUGGAGAAGGAAGGUGGCUUAUUGGACCAUGGCGUGGUUGACGAUAUUUGGAGUUACGGUAUAGGAUCAGAUGUAGCGGGCAUCAGUUGUAGUCCGAGCUACUCGAACAUGUUCAGUGAGUGUCAACAGCCGGGACUGUUGGAUAAUGUCCCGUGGACCGCUGAUGUGGACGAAUGGGACUCUACAUCGGUGGACAGCGCGGGUGAGUUCUACCGCGGCGCGGACGCGGCGCCUCACUCCUCAGAGCUGGACUUGUCGCUGCCUCCUUGUGUGGCGACCUCCGACGUCAGUUUCGCGACACUCUCGCAAUUGUCCACGGCGCAACUAGUGCGCGCCGCGCGGCUGCACGCGUGCGCCCUGCGCCGGCUGCUAGUAGAGAGUGGGCAGAGACAGAAACUACGUAACGCUCUCUCAUUAGUGCAUUCAGCCUUGAGUUUCGAGGAUCUCCCGACGAAGGACAUCGACCUGUGCGUAGACAGACAGACGUACACGUUCACAGACAAAAUCGUAGCCGGCUCUCAUAGACAGGUGGCUCUUGGAGGCAGGGGGAGGGGGAGGGGGAGGCUUCCCCGAUUGGGAGGCGAA